CCCUCUUUGCCCGUAGUCAUAACGGCGAGCGGAUUCACAUUGACUGAACGACUCUUCACAGAAGAACUGAACUGAACAUUUUACCAACAUGAGAACUUUUCCACGCUUGUUUUUAAGUUUACAACUUUUUGCGGUUUGUUUUCUUGUUGUUGCGAUCUCCAAAGCGAGUGCUGACUACUGUGAGGUAAACGUCUGUCAAAACGGAGGCACAUGUGUAACAGGAGCAGGCAAAGAUCCCUUCAUCUGCAUCUGCGCUGACGGUUUUAAUGGACACACCUGCAAUGAGACCGGGAUUGGGCCGUGUAUCCCUAACCCCUGUCAAAAUGAUGGCGUCUGUGAGAUCAUCUCCGGCUCUCGGCGAGGGGACGUCUUCAGUGAAUACGUCUGCAAGUGUGCCACGGGUUUUGAUGGAAUCCACUGCCAAAAUAAUGUGAAUGACUGUGCCGGCCAACCUUGUCAAAAUGGAGGCACCUGUCGAGAUCUAAAUGGAGACUUCUCUUGUACAUGUCCUUCACCUUAUGUUGGAAAGCACUGCCAACUGCGUUGCAUCUCUCUGUUGGGAAUGGAAGGUGGAGGUAUCGCUGAAUCUCAGAUCUCUGCCUCAUCUGUGUACUAUGGCAUCCUGGGACUGCAGCGCUGGGGACCCGAGCUGGCCCGCCUGAAUAACAAGGGACUUGUUAAUGCUUGGACCGCUGCCACACAUGACAAGAACCCAUGGAUUCAGAUCAACAUGCAGAGAAAGAUGCGGUUUACAGGCAUCAUAACACAGGGUGCCAGUCGGAUGGGCGGAUGGGAGUUUGUCAAAGCUUUCAAAGUGGCAUCGAGCUUAGAUGGGCGAAUCUAUACCAUGUACAAAUCUGAAGGCCAGAGUAAAGAUAUGGUUUUUGUUGGUAAUGUUGACAAUGAUGGAACGAAGACCAAUUUGUUCGAUCCUCCAAUCAUAGCUCAGUAUAUCCGAAUCAUUCCUACUGUGUGCCGCAAAGGCUGUACAUUGAGAAUGGAGGUGGUGGGCUGUGAACUCAAUGUGUAUUUGAACACGACAGGUUGCUCCGAGCCGUUAGGUGUCAAGUCGCGGCUAAUCGAUGACCGGCAGAUAACGGCUUCCAGCUCCUUUCGCACCUGGGGUAUCGAGGCGUUCACCUGGCACCCGCAUUACGCCCGUCUGGACAAGCAGGGCAAGACCAAUGCCUGGACAGCGGCCACCAAUAGCCGCUCCGAGUGGCUGCAGGUGGACUUGCUCAGACCAAAGCGCAUCUCAGGAAUUGUCACACAAGGAGCCAAAGACUUUGGAAAUGUGCAGUUUAUUUCAGCCUUUAAAGUCGCUUACAGUGAUGAUGGCAAAUACUGGACCAACAUCAAAGACGACAAGACAAAAACAGAUAAGAUUUUCCCUGGCAACAGUGACAACAACGUGCACAAAAAGAACGUGUUCGACCCGCCCUUCGUUGCGCGAUUCGUCCGCAUCCUGCCGUGGGCGUGGCAUGAACGCAUUACCCUACGAAUGGAGCUGCUGGGCUGUGAUGAGUAAAACCCCUCCCACUUUCUCUCCCUUAUGGUUUUAUACUUUCCUUCAUUCCUUCCUCUCUCAUCCGUACCUGCACUGCCUCACUCUUGACAACAGAGGGCGCCAACACGACACAUCUCUGUACAGCUGGGAGACCCAUGUAAACAUUGUCCCAAGCUCAAACCUACAGCAUAAAUCUUUGUUAAAUAUUUUGUAUUGCUAUGUUGUUUGUUUGACUGCAAUGUCCUUUGAAGAAAAAAAGUGUGUGUUUUUAGUUUAAGCCUUUAAGUGAAGAAUUACAUUGAAAACAACAUGUUUGGAAAGAUCGAUACUGUGCAUACCAAAUUCAUUAGAAUUAUUUAUUUCAGUUGUUGUGUUAUAAUUGAUUGGUUAUACAUAUAUUGAAGUUGUUCAUAUCUCAACUGAGUUUAAAUUAGAAAUAAACAUAGAAUAUAUUGUUUUGAUGUGGUGUAUACUAAUUUGUAUAAUACUGUAUAAUAGUAAUACUUGCCAUUGUUUUGAUCUUAAACUGUUUCUUACUAGACAAAUUUUUUCCAACCAUAUCAAACCUAAAGAGAUUAAAUGUGACAGUCAAUCAUUUUUGUCAUCUAUUAAAUUUAACGCCUCGGCCAGCACAGCCACGGAUCUCAGGUGCAGUUGAAUCGAUCGCUGUGUGCUACUGAAUUUUAUUUCAUUUUUAUUCCAGCAUACCUUUUGAAAUAAACAAACAUUUAGAGUACAAAAAACUUUGUACAGUCAAAAGCCAAAGUGGUCUCAUCUUUCCUGAUUAUGUAGUUGCUACGUUCCAAUUCGCCUAUCUCUACUAUGCCCUAAAAGGAUGUUAAAAGAAAGUGCAUAUAUAUAUAUAUAUAUAUAUAUAUAUAUAUUAGGGCUGGGCAAAUAUUAAUUGAGCAAAUAAAACAAACAAGAUAAAAGUGAUAAAUUUUUUGUAAUUAUUAUGCAUAUUUAACCACACACACAUACAUAUAUUAAUUU